AUGAUGCUCAUCAGUCUAGUCGCCCACAUGAAAUUGAAACGAGCAAUGUUAAGACCAUUGUUGAUCAAAAUCCCACCCAAUCAGUGCGAGAGUUACCUGACAGCCGGUGGCCUCAUCGGCGUGGUAGCCCCAUUCCCUCUGCUCGCAGCUGAAGCCGGUCCUCGGGACGGCGGCGUAGGUGGGGUAGAGCGGCGGGUAGUGCGGCAGGUGGAGGUCGUGGUAGGGGUCGUGGGGGGUCCCGUCUGCGUUGUAGUAGUGGCCCCCGUACGCCGAGCAGGCUACUGCGUUCAGGCAUGGAAACAGACGGGAAACAUAUCAACGCUUGAAAAGAAAACGGAUGAGAGAACAUAG